AUGAAGAUUCCUUAUACUGCAAACCCACCUCCGACAUCCGACGAUGAGGAGUCUGCCAUUCUUCAAAGGGUGCUUGAACGCAGAGGCCCGGGUGGCCUGAUUCCGCUCGAUCUCGCUCUCCUUCACUCCUUUCCUGUCGCUGACGGCUGGAAUACGUUCCUCGGCUCUAUCCGAUCGAGGUCGUCCUUACCGGUGGACAUCCGUGAAAUUGCCAUAUGCCGAGUCGCAACGCUCAAUGAAGCGUGGUUUGAAUGGGAACACCACGCUCCCAUUUUGGCAGAAACGGGGUUUAGCGAGGAUAUGAUGGAGGCAGUGAAAAGUGCUGAGAUUCCAGCGGAUGACCGGCUCAAUGAGCUCUUCAAUCGGAAACAAGUAGCGGUUUUGAAGUAUACGGAAGCCAUGACAAGAACUGUGAAGGUACCUGAUGCAGUUUUUGGUGAGAUGAAGGAGUUUUUUAGUGAGAAAGAGAUUGUGGAGGUUACAGCAACUGUUGCGGCAUACAACUGCGUGAGCCGGUUCCUAGUUGCCUUGGAUGUUGGAGAGAUGAACAAAUAA